AUGGACGAGACAAAUGCAAUGCAAGAUUCUCGAGACCUUCGAUCUCACAAGCAAUCACGCAAAGAAGAUGCAAUAGAACAGCUUCUAAAGGACCACACCGAGUUCAUCGCGUGGAACUCGGCAGGCCCAGCAGUAAGCGAUUUCAGGAGCGAUGUAGUCACGACGCCCUCCCUACGGAUGCUAGCCGCGAUUGUGAACACCACACUCCGAGACGAUGUUUUCCGCGAGGACACCACUACCAUGGAUCUCGAGUCCGACAUGGCCGCGAGGUGCGGUCAAGCGGCCGGUCUCUUCGUCAUCACGGGAACAAUGGCCAACCAGCUAGCCCUACGCACCCUCUUAACGCAGCCCCCUCACGCGAUUCUCGCGGACGCCCGGGCUCACAUCCUCACCCACGAAGCUGGAGGUCCGGCGUUCAUGAGCGGCGCGAUGGUACAAGCAGUUGUGCCCUCGAAUGGGAAGUAUCUGACAGUGGAGGACAUCGAGGCCAGCGCUGUGCUCUCGGACAAUGUUCACAGGUGCCCGACACGGGUCAUCGCUUUGGAGAACACGAUCGGGGGGUGCAUCGUACCGCUCUCUGAGAUGAUCAAGAUCAGCCGAUGGGCGCGUAAAAACGGCGUAAAAAUCCACCUAGACGGCGCAAGGCUCUUCGAAGCCGUGGCUGCAGGGGCGGGGAGUCUGCGGACGUAUUGUCAACUUGUCGACACCGUCACUGUAGACUUUAGCAAAAACCUGGGGGCCCCGAUGGGAGCCAUGCUGCUUGGCAACAGCGAGCACAUUGCACAAGCCAGAUGGAUAAGAAAGAGCAUCGGAGGCGGUAUGAGGCAGGCAGGCGUUCUGAGUGCCGCUGCAAGAGUCGCCGUGGAAGAGCAGUUUGGCCCUGGUGAACAUGGCGACGCAGGGAAGCUCAGAGAGGUCCAUCGAGCCGCCAAGCAGGUGGGAGAGAUGUGGCAGAGCAGGGGCGGUAAGCUCACCAAAGACAUUGAGACCAACCAAGUGUGGAUUGAUCUUCGGGUGUUGGGGAUUUCAAGUGAGGAAUGGAAUGACAUUGGCAAGAGUCAAGGCAUCAGCUUGGAUGGUCCCCGGAUAGUACUGCACCACCAAAUUGCAGCCGAAGCUAUACACCGGUUAGGACGGGCAUUUGACAUUGUCAUGUCACGUGCUGCUGAGCGCAAAGACAAGUCAUAG